GAUGGACGGAGUGGAUUUCUGAAAAACAUCACGGUGGACACCACCUAAGUUUCAAGCGCAGGAAGCCUUUCCCAGGAAAUCCGCGUCCAUUGGAGCCAUUGAUGAGAACGACAAGAAGCCAAUCACCACAUCCCGCUAUAAGAACCUAACAAACCCCCUCCUUCCAUGCAACGAUCAAAGCAAGGAAAUAUACUUCCAAGCCCAUGACUCCAUCCAUGGAGCCAGGACCCGACCCCAUGGUCCCACCCACAAGCCCCAAGCUCUUGCUAGGCAAGUACCAGCUAGGCCGCCUCCUCGGCCGUGGCACGUUCGCCAAGGUCUACUCCGCCCGUUCGAUUUCCGACAGCGCCGGCGUAGCCAUCAAGGUCAUCGACAAAUCCAAGAUCACCGAUGCAGCUACAAUGGAGCCAUGCAUCAUACGUGAAGUAACAGUCAUGCGGCGGCUCCGCCACCCCAAUGUAAUCAAGCUGCAUGAAGUCAUGGCCACCAAGUCUAAGAUAUACCUGGUCAUGGAGCAUGCAAGAGGAGGUGAGCUCUUCUCCCAGAUCUCUAGCCGCGGCCCGUUGAAGGAGCAAGUCGCGCGAUACUACCUCCAGCAGCUCGUCUCAGCCCUUAGAUAUUGCCACUCCAAUGGAGUCGCCCACCGCGACGUCAAGCUUCAGAACCUCCUCUUAGACCAUGAUGGGAAUUUGAAGGUAUCAGAUUUCGGGCUCUCGGCGCUUCCCGAUCAGCUCAAGGACGGGCUACUCCACACGGCGUGCGGGACGCCGGCAUACACAGCACCUGAGGUAUUCAGGAGGAAGGGCUAUGAUGGAGCUAAGGCGGACGCUUGGUCGUGCGGCGUCAUUCUCUUUGUUCUCCUCGCCGGGUCACUCCCCUUUGACGAUGCCAACCUCACUUCGAUGUAUCUAAAGAUGAACCGGAGGGAGUUUGAAUUCCCGACAUGGUUCUCCCGGCCGGUGCGGCAAUUGAUCACACGGCUCCUGGAUCCGAACCCAGAGACUAGAAUGACGAUGGACAGUUUGAUGGAGGUUGGUUGGUUCAAGAAGUCGUUCAAAUUGAAAGGUCGUGGAAUUUGCUACUCGCCGGAUCAGAACAAUCAGACCGGCCAGUGCACACACCUUAAAGAUAGUCAAUUCAGUUUGGAUGGUUCGACGGCUCUUAUCAUGAAUGCCUUCGACAUAAUCUCAUUGUCGUCAGGCUUGGAUUUGUCGGGUCUCUUUGAAGUAGGAAGGAGAGAGAGGAGAUUCACAACGACAGCGUCAACAGAGAAGAUCCUAGAGAGGGUAGAGGAGAUAGGUGGGAAGCUGGGGUAUAAGGUGGAGUGGAGGAAAGUUGGAACACUAAGCUUGAUCAAGGGGCAAAUUUCCUUAUUGGUGGAGAUUUCGGCAAUGGCACCAGCUAUUCUACUAGCGGAGUUGAAGGCAACGGCAAGCGGUGGAGUAGAGUUUGAUGAAUUCUUUUGGGGUGACUUGAAAGCCGGGCUUGAGGAUGUGGUUUUCGCCUGGCACGGCAAUGGAAUUCAAGCUGGGUGAAAAUCAGGUUUGGAAGCCUGACCUAUUUGGUUGGUAUUUUGAGUCAUUCCAAGUCAUGAUCAUUGUCUGAUGCUGAAUUGUGAUGAGGGAUGCUGGAGUUGAGUGUCUUAGAAUCAUCGGGAUACUUGGUGUGGAUACAUGGUAGUUGUAUAGAAUGAAACCGUUUGAGCGGUAUGAAUGGGCUCCAUUGUAACAAAAUGCUAACAUGUACAUGAGGGGUUCAAUGAAAUGGUGGCUGCAAUUCGCACUCCGUCAA